AUGCGGCACUUUGCUCGUGGUAGCUCUCGCGUAGAUUGGUGCGAAACCAACUAUGUCCAAUCAUCUUAUAUUGCUGAAUUUUAUAACUGCGCCAGCAAUAUUCUUUUCUUUGUUGUACCGCCAAUUUUAAUGUGUUUAUUUCGACCUUAUACGAAAUGCAUUAAUGGUAAUAUGAACGUUGUACUGGUAUUAAUGAUGUUCGUUGGGCUAAGUUCGGUCUAUUUUCAUGCCACUCUAAGUUUGCUUGGGCAAUUAGUUGAUGAAUUAUCUAUACUGUGGUUAAUGGCUAGCGCCUUUGGCUAUUGGUUACCACAACGGAUAUUGAAACAAAUGCCUGUCAUUAAUGGGAGCAGAGUUAUAUUCCAGAGGGUUGUCUUCACUGUGGCUGGGAUUACCACGAUAUUGUCUUGCAUCAAACCUGAAAUUAAUGCUUUUGUACUUCUAAGCUUUGGAUUACCUUUCGUUGUUAUUGCUGCCAGAGAAGUUCGAAGGUGUAAGUGUCAACGUGUGAAGCAGUUAUGUUGUUCUGGUGUUUUAUGGUGGUGCUUGGCGGUAAUAUGCUGGAUAUCUGACCGUUGCUUUUGUGAUCUAUGGCUGGCACUGAAAUUUCCUUACUUACAUUGUGCUUGGCACCUUCUAAUCGCGGUAUCGUCUUAUAUCGGUUGUGUAAUCUGUGCAUAUAUUUUCGCGGCAAAUGAAACUCCGGAACUAUCGCCCAAAUUAGUUUACUGGCCGGUGGAUAACCAGCUGGGAUUACCUUACGUUCGAAUUAACUCUGGUAAAAGAAAUCAUAAAGCUUAA